UGGAAACCCUUCAUGUUCUCUCUAUCUUCUCUUACCCAUUGGAGGAAGAAGAACAUAGGAGAGACAGCAUAGAUGGCAUCGCUCAAUGACACGUUCCUAUCACUUCUCUUGAUUCUACUCACAAUUUCAAUAGGGACAAAAAUGGUUGAAUCCGCAAGGGUUUUUACAAUGAUCAACUAUUGCAAAGAAACAAUUUGGCCUGCAAUAAUACCAGGAGAGAACUUCAAUGGCGGAGGAUUUCUACUCAAACCAGGCCAAUCUAUUGUAAUAACCGCACCAGUAGGUUGGAGUGGUCGAAUAUGGGGUCGAACCGGAUGCAAAUUUGACAAAACCGGGACGGGUUCAUGUCAGACCGGUUCAUGUGGCUCGUCCCUAAAGUGCACGGGAUCAGGGGCAACUCCUUCAACACUUGCCGAAUUUACCCUCGCAUCUCCCGAUUUUUACGAUGUUAGCCUUGUUGAUGGUUUCAAUUUGCCACUAGCCGUUACUCCUAUAAAUGGUAAAGGGAAUUGCAGUGUUGCUGGAUGUAAUUCAGAUUUAAGACCACAAUGUCCAUCUGAACUCUCUGUUAAAUCAAACGGGAAGGUCGUCGGUUGUCGGAGCGCCUGCGAUGUGUUCAACACCGAUGAGUACUGCUGCAGGGGUGUUCAUGGAAACCCUUCAACAUGUCAACCUACAUAUUAUUCUAAGAAGUUCAAGCAGGCUUGUCCUACUGCAUAUAGUUAUGCAUAUGAUGAUCCUUCCAGCAUUUUUACUUGCACCGGCACCGACUACGUCAUCACCUUCUGCUCAGCCAGGAACCAAACAGUCUGCACUUAUCAUAACAAUAAGCUACAAUGCAGUGGAUCCAACGGCUUAAAAUCAUUGAUGGGGGUGGGGUGGGCUGUGAUGCUUGCAUUGAUGGUUCUAAUCAAUCCCUGGACCGUACAAUAAAACAACCAUUUGUGUUUUGGAAAUUAGAGCAUUUUUCGGUUUUAUUUAUGUGUUAUUCUCUGUCUGAAGCAUCAAGGAUGCUUGGAUUCUUUGUAAAUAUGGGGUUUGUUCUGCUCAAUUCUUUCAUUCUUCUUCUCCAAGCUUGGUUUCUUCAAUAAUCACUAUUCACUA